AUGGAAGACAUGCUUAGCCAGUUGCCAGAUGACGUUCUUGUAUCAAUUCUUUCAAAGUUGACAUUGAAAGAAGCAGUGCUUGCAAGUUGUCUUUCAAGUCGAUGGCGCUAUAUUUGGACACAUGUCACACGUCUCAACUUCGACCUUCCGAGGCAGGAGUUGGAGGGGUAUUAUACAGAGUUUGGCAGAGAGGAAUCAUUGAGGCAUAUCAAUUUGGUUAAUCAUGUUUUGGGUUUGCACAAGUCUUCUCUUUUAGAAGAAUUCAUUGUCGCUUCUCCUUUUUAUACUAGUUUUCAAUGUGAAGUUGAUAAGUGGCUUAAAUUUGCAUUAUCUACAAAAGUCCAAAGCCUUAAGAUAAAAUUGAUCCCUCAAGAAUGGCGACAGUUCGUCCCCAUUAAUGCUUGUUUGGAUUUAAAGAGGUUCCUGGACUUGUCGUCCUCGCCAAUAUUUGGGUUUAAAUAUCUCAAAGUGCUGACUUUAGACGGUCUUGAUGUGGAUAGUCAAGUGGUCAAGAUUUUCCUUUCAAGCUGUCCCCUUCUUGAACAAUUAUCAAUUCGAGAGUCUACCCAAUUGCAACAUCUGGAAGUUGGACCUUCCUUUAAGUUGAAGCAUUUGGAGAUAUUUGACUGCGAAAUAGAUUAUCUAGAGAUCUGUAAUGUCAAUCUUGUCUCUUUCAGUUUCACUAGAAAUAGCGGGAACAAAACAAAAUUGCUUCUAGAAAAUGUUUCUUCGGUUGUUCAUCUUCAUAUUGCGGUUUACCUUGAAUCGCUGCAUAGACUCAUCGACUUAAUUACACCGAAAUUUACUCAACUAGUGAAGCUUUCACUUGAAGUAGAUCCUCCCCAGUUUGAGGGUCUCGGUUAUUAUCAUUCUUUUCCAAAAUUCAACAAUCUCAAAUGGCUUAUAGUGUUCUUUAAAGACGCUCUUGAUAGCACUAUCCUUGAAGUCACUCCACUUCUGCAGGCAUCUCCGUACCUGCAAACGUUCGAGAUCAAGAUUAGAUGGACUAAUACAAGGAUCUUUCAAGGAUCUAUUCCGCAACUAUUUCGGCAAAAUACGUAUCAACAUCUCAAAGUGGUCAGAUAUGUAGGUUAUCUCGGCAGUACAGCUGAUAAGGAACUUAUAACUUACCUUGUUAAAAAAUCUUUAGCACUUGAGAAAGUCAUCGUUAUUCCAUGCGAUCAUUCAUCCUACUCAAGGAAGAAGAGUUUCAAAGUUGAGCGAAGAUCAAGAAGCCGUGCUUGGCGGCAGCUACAAGGAAUAGUUCCCAAGGAAGUCGAGCUGAUGAUACUUUAA